AUGAAUGCCAUGUCGUGGAGUGUUGAAGACGAGGCUGUUAUAGCCACUAAUACCGAUGCUACCGAAUGUAAACGAUGCGCAGUUGAUCUAGGCUACUGGAAAGAUGAAUACAUCACAUAUUUUGCUAAACACGUCGACAGAAAGGCACCAGAGAUAAACCGCGGUUACUAUGCUAGAGUGAAAGCAUUAGAGAUGUUUAUACACCAGUUUCUGGAACGAUGUGGUACAAAGUGCCAGAUUAUUAAUCUGGGCUGUGGAUUCGACACCCUGUAUUGGCGGCUCAAAGAUACCACGCAGGCCGUCAGCAAUUUUGUGGAGUUGGAUUACCCUUCCGUGAUCAGCAAGAAGUGUCAAAUCAUCAAGCGGAAUAAAGCUCUGCUGGAGAAGAUCUGCACCGAAGACGGCGAGGUGGUGGUGCGCAGCGGCGACCUGCACGCCGAGGGUUACCACCUAGCGGGCUGUGACCUGUCCAACGUGGCCGAGGUGGCUCGCAAAUUAGCCGGCGCCGGCGUGCGAGGUGACGCGCCCGCCCUGCUGCUGGCCGAGUGCGUGCUGGUGUACCUGCGGCCUGUCGCCGCCGACGCUCUGCUGGCGCACCUCGCCGCCGCCUUCCCGCGUUGCGUGCUAUUGCUGUACGAACAGUGCAACCUCGCCGACCGCUUCGGCGAGGUGAUGCUGCGCAACCUGAGCGCGCGCGGCUGUGCUCUCGCCGGUGAGCGAUUCUGCCGCGACCCCGCGGCGCAGGAGCAACGCCUCCUGGCCGCCGGCUUCGAGGCCGCGCGCUGCUGGGACAUGGAGACCGUGUGGCGUGCCUUUCCCGAGGAGGAGCGCGCGCGCGUCGAGGCGCUGGAAAUGCUGGACGAGCGCGAGCUGCUGCAGCAGCUGCACGCGCAUUACGCGCUGACGGUGGCCACGCGCGGCGCGCUCUUUGCCGACCUCGACCUCAACUGCUAG